AUGCAGUCUGGACACGAAGCCCAGAGUAGUCUUGUCGGAUUGGAGCAUCAGGGGGCAUAUAUUUAUAAACCCGCGAGAAAGACCGGCGGCGCCAAUGGAGUCUCAAACAAGAGACGCAAAGUUGGCCAUGCAUCAAGCAACGGGAGAUCUGGAAGCGACAUCUCCCCAUUCGUUCCGCUUUUGAAUGGACAUGAAGCCGAAGAGUCUGUCAAAUUACGAUAUGACCUAUUCCAGGAACUCUGGUCGGAUCAAGAGCGUAAAAUCCAGAACAUUCUCCGCGAGGUUGACUCGGAAGUUCUCAGAAAUGUUGCAACAUUUAUUGAAGACUCUUCGAUAGAAACUUACAAUGGUCGAAUUCCUACUGGCAUGAUCUCAGUGGGAUCAAACAUAUCAGCAACCGGCGGACUGUUAGAGCAGCUCCAAAUGAAGCUGCACGCUGGCGGAAAUGCAUGUUUGGUUUCCCUGGACUCUGGGGACACUUCUAAUAUCAAAAACGCCCUGAAAACGAUCAUCAAAUCCGCCAUAACUAGCAUUGAGGAUAUCGAACGAUAUCGUGAUUAUAUAACUUCCCGAACGGGACCGAAACUACUGCCAUAUGACCUUGACCUCCUACUGUCAUGCGUACGAAAAAAUGGCGUCAAGAAGGUUGUCAUAGCCUUCAAGGACAGUGAGGCAUUUGAUAGCGGUGUUCUGACGGACCUCAUUACCCUACUCUGGUCGUGGUUGGAUCGCAUACCUUUUGUGUUCCUGUUCGGCGUAGCAACCUCCGUCACAUAUUUAGAGUCGAGACUGCCACGAUCUACAGUUAAAUUGUUGCAAGGCCGUCUUUUCGAUUUCCACGACUUUGGAGACUCGGUAGACCGCAUCUUUAUAUCCCUCCAAAACCAAGAUGACAGAGGACUAUGGGUGGGACAUGGUGUGAGCCAGGUCCUAAUGGACAAAUCAGGGGAUUGCUUUCAAAGCCCCGAGAAAUUCAGCAAUUUUUUCAAGUAUACAUACAUGGCUCACUUCUUUGCAAACCCACUCUCUGUACUGCUUGCGGGGGAAGAUAGGUUGAAGGAACUUCAACCUGAAUUAUGCGAAGCAAUUCGAAAUACACCUUCAUUUCGGAAACGUGUGCAACACCUCUUAGAUAUCAAAGAUCACAAAACCGCAAAGGGGAUGAUGAACAACGAUGCCUUCCUCACCAAAGAAAUAUUCUCUGGGAUUGCAGUAGCUCAGCAAGCGAUGCGAGAAGCCAUGAACUGCGUUGAGUGGCUGGUAACAGUGUCGCGAAAUAUAAAGUCAUUGAAACCGGCGAACCACCCAGAGUGCAUUACACUGGCACUUAAUGGGGAACUUCUUGAGUCGAAAAUCUUAGUUGAUACUCUUGAGGCUGCUAAGAAGCUGAACUCGGAUGAUCUUGAUGUUGCGUUUGGAGCGAUGCUGACGCCUUCCGUCGAGUCGGAUGGGAUACUCGACGAGAUCCGAGAGUUGAUACGCCAAAAGAAAAGAGACGCACCCUUACGAUCCCAGCAUGAUGCACAGCUUAUGAAACACAACACUACCAUCGUUGGCCAAAGGGUGAAGCUGACAAAAGGAAAAGCCAAACUGUCCGAUGAAGAUUUAAAAUACAGUGACCUAGUUGACCGUCUGUUUAAUUCAUUACAGGACUGCCUUACGGAGAAGCUGGCUACACCUACAAAUCUCUUACUACACGAAUGUCUGAUAUACGAUUCAAAAUCACCUGUUCGAUAUUCCUUUACCCCGAGAUGUCGACAUACAGUCGAGCGAGCGCUGUCCACCCCUUUUGACUAUCUGGGGUCUAAGGAAAACGACGAAGUAGGGCCCUUAUCGGCAUGCCAGCCACCAAUUUCAAUUCUCUACCAGCUAUAUCUUGAAUCUGGCGCGGUAGUCAAUGUUUACGAUCUAUGGCGAGCAUUCUACAUGAUUGUUGGCGGAGAGGAUGGGGACAAGUGCGACGAACGUGUGGCGUUUUCAAUAUUUUACCAGUCGCUUGCAGAGUUGAAGAUGAUGGGGAUGACAAGAACUAGUAGGAAAAAGACUGAUCACCUAGCAAAGUCUGCAUGGAUGGGAUUGUAA